CCAGGGACAGGCACAUGCACAGUCUGGAGAUCCGGGAGCGUUGCGUCUAAAGAAGAGCGCCCGACAGCAGCGCACACCCAUCGGCUUUCAGGGAGAGGUGGAAGACCGCGAGGGGAGAGACGGACGGAGGAGAAAGACAGACGUCCGAGAUGGCAUUAGCCAAAGAUCCAGGGACAGGCCCGGAGCAGAGAGAUGCAGCCGACCAAAACUUUGACUACAUGUUCAAGCUGCUGAUCAUCGGCAACAGCAGCGUGGGAAAGACCUCCUUCCUGUUCCGCUAUGCAGAUGACUCCUUCACUUCAGCCUUUGUCAGCACAGUGGGCAUUGAUUUCAAAGUCAAAACCAUCUACAGGAACGACAAGAGGGUCAAACUACAGAUCUGGGACACAGCGGGACAGGAGCGCUAUCGGACCAUCACCACAGCUUACUACAGAGGGGCCAUGGGAUUCCUGCUUAUGUAUGACAUCACAAGCCAGGAGUCAUUCUGUGCUGUUCAGGACUGGGCAACCCAGAUCAAGACAUACUCGUGGGACAAUGCUCAGGUAGUCCUGGUAGGCAAUAAGCUGGACUUGGAAGAAGACAGGCAGGUUCCAACUGAGGAUGCCCAGAGGCUGGCUACAGAGCUCGGCUUCCAGUUCUUCGAGGCCAGUGCCAAAGACAACAUCAAUGUGAAGCAGGUCUUUGACAAGCUGGUGGACGUCAUCUGUGAGAAGAUGAACGAGAGCGUCAAUGGUGAUGCCAGUCCGUCAGUCAAUCAAAAGGGAAAUGGCCUGAAGGACACGCCCCACAGCAGCCAGGGUGGCUGCGCAUGCUGAUAGCUGGCAGCGAAAAUUCAUUCAGUGCAGGUUUCAUGGUCACUCACACAUACACACACAUACACAAAUUAAUUGAAUUGCCAAAAAAAAUUGUCAUUGUGAAUGUACUUUACCAUAUGUUACUGCAAUACUAUCACGGUUGCUUGGCUCCCCUUUUUUUUCUUGUUGCCUUUUCUCAACUCAGUGGCGUCUCCAACGCUUUCUCAUUAUUUGAAUGUGCCUGUUACACUGAGAUGCCAAAGAGCUGCGUCGAGCAGCUGUGCCUUCUGCCCAAUGCCUUUGCUUUAUUGUUUCUUGUGUGGUGGGUGAGCAGCACCUGUUGCAGGUGAGGAUGUGAAUAAAAGGUAUGAACCAAAUCCACAUGGCACAGGGGGGGAUCACUGUGAUUUACUUGUGUCAUGCUGCCCCCUUGUGGGUGUCACUUGAAAAUGCAUCACUGUGACUCACUGCCGUAGACUUUAUAUCCUGUGAAUUAGCUCCUUGUCAUCCUGUUGAGGAAGAAGGCACAUUAACUGUUCAGGUUCAAAGUCAAACAUACCUGAAAGGUGCUGUCAUUUCCAGGUGUAUGUGUGUAAUCCAGACCACUGAGGGAUAUUCUCAUUUUCUUUUAAUUUAUACUUUCCUUUUUUUUGUACUUUGAAUGGUUUCUGCUAGCCCAAUGUUUCAUUUGUGUCCCUCUAAAAGUUAAGAUUAAACGAUAUGGAUCAAUAUAAAA